CCCUCCUUGAACUCAAAGCCCUCCUUGAAACGUGUCUGUCAUCCCUCCCGAGCACGCGCCCAUACCAACGUAAUACAUUCACCUUCACCAACCGUUCCACUGUACUGUAAUGUUCUGAUUGACAUUAUCGGACUCAUCAUCUGUAAAGACAUAGUCAUGUGAUGUCAAUGUUGUAUGAGAGUAACCAAAUGAAUGACCAUACUGUAAUGGCCUGAUAGAUAUUAUCUGACUAAUCAUCAGGAAAGAGAUAGUCAUGCUAAUGUCCAUGUAGGAGAAAUGCCAGGUGAAUUACCAUACUUGUCUUGAUGGCAUCUAUUUUUUAUUUUAUUACCAGGUGAUUCCAUUAAACAAAGGCAAGACCCACAAGGAGAAGGUAUGUCAAGUAAACGUGACGAAAAUGAAUUUGGAGGAAAGGUGCAUCGCUGUAAAAAGAUUUUCAGCCAAAGAAAUGAACCUGCUUACAACUUGAGAUCACAUCGAAUAGGGAACAGAUGUUUCUGCUGUCAGAAAGAACUUAAAUGUGAUGCUCAAAGUCAUAUGAAAGGAAGGCCAAAUGAAUGUUCAUUUUCUUACGAGAAAUUUUCUACGAAAAACCGUCUGUCUCGCCAUCUAUCAAAAAACAGAGAAAAAAAUCCACCUAAAUGUUCAUGUGAGAGUGGAUUUUCUCAGAAGAGGUUUUCAACAAAACAUAAUCAAAGACACAUCAGAGAGGAGUCAUAUAAAUGCUCAUGUGAGAAAGGGUUUUCUAAUAAGAAAUUUCUGACUCAGCAUAUCAGAACGCACACAGGAAAAAAGCUGUAUGAAUGUUCAUUAUGUAAGAAAACAUUUGCUCAAAAGAAUAGUCUGACCAAUCAUAUCAAAACACACAAUGUAGAAAAACCAUUCAAAUGUUCAAUAUGUACAAAAAGAUUUUCUUGGAAGCUUUCUCUGACCCUUCAUCUCAGAACACACACAGGUGAAAAGCCAUUUGAAUGUUCACACUGUGAAAAAAGGUUUGCUCGAAAGAGUUCGCUGAAACUCCAUCUCAGGACACACACAGGAGAAAAGCCAUAUGAAUGUUCACAGUGUAUGAAGAGAUUUUCUCUUAAAUCCUCCCUAACAGAUCAUCUGCGAAUACACAUGGGAGAAAAGCCAUUUGAAUGUUCACACUGUGAGAAAAGGUUUGCUCAAAAAAGAAGUCUGAACCUCCAUCUCAGGACACACACAGGAGAAAAGCCAUAUGAAUGUACACAGUGUAGGAAGAGAUUUUCUUUUAAAUCCUCCCUGACAGAUCAUCUGCUCAUACACACGGGAGAAAGGCCUUACGAAUGUUCACACUGCAACAAGAGAUUUACACAGAGGAAACAACUAACUUCUCACCUUAGAACACACACAAAGGAAAAACCAUACAAAUGUUCAAUAUGUAUGAAAAGAUUUUCUUGGAAGAUUUCUCUGACCCUCCAUCUCAGAACACACACGGGAGAAAAGCAGUAUGAAUGUUCACACUGUAUGAAGAAGUUUGCUCUAAAGAGUGAUCUGAUACGUCAUCUCAGAACACACACAGGUGAAAAGCCAUUUGAAUGUUCACACUGUGAGAAAAGGUUUGCUCAAAAAGGUAGUCUGAAACUCCAUCUCAGAACACACACAGGAGAAAAGCCAUAUGAAUGUUCACAGUGUAUGAAGAGAUUCUCUUUUAAAUCCUCCCUGACAGAUCACCUGCGAAAACACACGGGGGAAAGGCCGUACGAAUGUUCACACUGUGACAAGAGAUUUACACAGAGAAAACAUCUAACUUACCACCUUAGAACACACACAAAGGAAAAACCAUACAAAUGUCCACAAUGUAAGACAAUGUUUUCUCGGAAAAGUAGUCUGAAAUGCCAUGUCAGAACGCACACUGGAGAAAAGCCAUAUGAAUGUCCACACUGUAUGCAAAGAUUUUCUUAUAAAAGGCCUCUUGACUGUCAUCUGCGAAUACACGCAGGAGAGAGGCUAUAUAAAUGUUCAUUCUGUUACAAGGAAUUUUCUGAGAAAAGUCAUCUGGUUGAUCAUAUUUCAAUACAUACGGAAGAAAAGCCAUAUGAAUGUCCACUUUGUAAGAGGAUGUUUUCUCAACAAAGCAGUCUAACCCUGCAUUUCCGAACACACACAGGAAUGUCACGAAAAAAGCCAUUGGAAUGUUCACACUGUUCGGAAAAAUUUGCUCAAAAGAGGACUCUUGUUAGUCAUUAUCAACAUUGCCAUCAAUCCCAAGUUAUAAAUCCGGUUUUGUCUCAAUGAAUGAUUUUUUCUGGAUUCACCCAACACUUGCAGCAAUUGCCCCUACCGCCUCCUAUCAGUUUGCUCAAUUCAGUGCAUCCUUCGCCAUCAACCCAAUCCUCCUGGCUCUCUUCGAUUCCUUUUUCU